GUUCCUUUUGGUAAUACAAUCAUGCUGUGGGUAUAGUCCACACUUUGAUACGUCCGGACGAAACUACACCAUGAAACAUGUGUUUAUUCUCCGAAUCGUCGACGCCGUGUAUAUACAGAUCACACUAUAAUCAUGAUCAGGCACUCGAUAUCUCAUUACGGUAAGAGUAGUUUACACGACUCAGUCAGUCAGGGGUUGAUCAACGUUAAAUACGAGCCUCGCAUAAUGAACACAUCAUUCUUCUGUUCGAAUUGCGUCAACAUAUUAUAUCUCACCAGACUUCGUGAGAUCUAACAGCGCUAUGCGGAGUCCUCUCUGCCAACCUCCCCUUCACAAACACCAGGAUGUACAUCCCCGUGCUAGCCUUGGAAGUGUGACCACAGGUCUUGGAAUAUCAUCAUUAGGCCUUCAUUGUCCGUAGUACUGGAUAUGCCUGCGGAAUGAUGAGCCGCACCGUGGUUUAUCCUAUUUACUAAUACAAACAUUCAUAGACUGUUAGUUCAUGACGUUGCUUCUCGAAUGUUUCUAAAACUAGAACGGAAAUCAAGUUUUCAGAAUUUUCUCGUAUUAGGGUCUCCCUUAUCCCCGAGUAUCUGAGAUAUAAGCUCGACGGCCUCUGCCUUUUGCUUCAGCUUAAGUUUUCUUUUUCUUCAGUCUAUAGUUUCGGGGAAACUUUUUAUAUCUGACCCCAAGAAUUUUCGAAAAGGAGCCCGAGUGUUUGGCUGCGAUAAUACCGUUAAGAUGAUACGGGCAAGCAAGCCGCUUGUUCUGUCCUCCAUAGUGAGCGGCGCAUAUUCCCUCGUUGCGCGCCAGAGUGGAUGUAGCUUCACGCUUUCGACAGAUGGCUCAUUCACCGGCCAAGUCGGCCAAUAUGACGAUGGUCAGACUAAAGGUGGACUUCCCGGAACUAGCGUCGUACAGUCUGGGUUUGUCCUGAAUGGCGAUACGAUAUCCGACUCACAGGGCCGCGUUUGUUGGUGGACGCCGCCGAGUACCGUGCUCCAAUGUGACGUCGGCCAAAACUCCGAAGGCGGAUUUGCUAUCGGUUGCAAUGGGGAGCUGACAUACAAUGGCCAGUCUACUUUCUGGCAAUGCGCCACGGAAGAGGAUGGUGUGGUGAUCAUAUACCUCUCACCUGGAGGAAGCAACUGUAACCAGAUUUCCUUGAUAGCGAGCGGGUGUUAUCCUUCAUCGUGUGGUUCGGGUUCGGGUCCAGGCUCUGGAUCAAGUUCUGGCGCUUCGGGAACUGCUCCGGGUAUAGGCUCGACAUACCCCGGAGCGAGCGGUACAGCUCCGUGGAGCGGUGGUUCGAAUAUACCCCCAAGUAAAACAGGAGGAGCUGGUCCUUCGGGAACAGGGGGCGCUCUUCCUACUGGCGGGGCCGGAACUACAGGACCUGGAGAUACGGGAGCUAGCCCUCCGGGCGCCGGCUCGACUUAUCCUGGGACGCCCGGCACUAUGCCACCUGGUGGAGGCGCUCCCCCACCGUGGUCGACUGGUCCCGGAAGCGGCUCAGGUCCCUGUGUGCCGAUGACAAGUACUGUUUUCGUUACCGUGCCAAACACGAACUGCGUUUCUACCGUUACUGAGUGUCCUGGACCACCAACAGUAGUGCCCCCGCCUGAGACGCCCACGACCACAGGAGGAACGAGCCCUGAAACAUCGCCGCCGGGAACUCCCACAAGCCCAGGUUACCCCACGGCGGUUGUUCCUCCACCAGAAACACCAACCACCACUCAAGGAACCAGCCCUCCAGAGACAACACCGGAGCUCCCUCCGCCUGGAACGACCCCUCCUGCAACUUCUCCAGGGACACCCACAAUUCCCACCACCCCGGGAUAUCCAACCACAGUUGUACCACCACCGGAGACGCCUUCAACUACGGGAGGAACAAGCCCCGGAACGUCGCCGCCGGAGACUCCUACAAGUCCAGGAUAUCCUACGACGGUUGUUCCUCCGCCAGAGACACCAACAACUACUCAAGGGACAAGUCCUCCACAGACUACAACAGUAGUAGAGACCACAACCACUAGUUGGUGUCCAACAACUUCAACCUCACCAGGAGAGUCGCCCACUACUAGUAUUCCAGGUGUACCUACCACUACAAGUGAGACGAUUCCAGGCACAACUCCCGGAACAACUCCCGGCACGACUACAACAGGUUCGUUCUCGACCACGGAAACGGAAGUUCCAAGCACGACACCCGGGGUUCCUACCACAACACCUGAGGUUCCUGGAACAUCCCCUACAACGCCAAACGAACAUCCCACUGGCCCAUCGGCAAGAAAUAAUGCCCCCGAACAGUCCAAGGACGCAGCUUGGGCACCGUCUAAAAUUCUUAGACGAGCGACAGGCCUUUUCAAUCCUGCUCCGCGUUCGCUAACCUGUCCCGGCGAGCUGACCGGUCAAUGGGAGUCACCAGAUCUAAUAAUCCCCGUUGACAGUUCGCGCCCGGAUGAGGCAUACGGAUCGUCUACCUCAUGCGAGGUAACAUCCACGAUCUCCAGCAUUUUCCAGUUCCACGUCCCGUCUAGUGACAGCGGUAAGACAUGCAAGCUCGUGUUCUUCUUCCCCGAGAGGGAAGACGCACAGACCUCGUUGUCCGGCUCGGGAACAGUCGAGUUCUCACGGCUCGACGGCCACGUGGAUCUAGACACAACGCAGAACAAUCUCCCAGACACGGCGCAGAGCUACGACCGCCUCACCAUCGAACCAGGCAACGCGUACAUCAUCGAGUCCUUCGAGUGUAACAGGAGCGAAGACGUAGUCGUCGAACUAAGCAGCGCGUCCGGCAGUGAAACCUCACUAUGGUUCGCGCAAGACUCGACUGACGCGUGCCCGCUUGGCUUGUUCCUGGUGGCGAGCGCGUCGGGAGACGUGGAGUAGUGAGUAGCGGAGGAGAUUAGAAGGAGAAGAAAAGGAAGAAAUGAGAAGAAGAAAUUGAUUGGAAUGCAUCCAUCUCAUCUAGUCUACAGCACGGAAGCUGGUUGACAAACAGCGUAAUAAUGAAAAUGUCACCGCACAUACGGACGUAGGUAGGUAUUAGCUUACGGCGUGGGACAUGCAAUAUAUGUACAUGGCUUAUAUGAAUCAGAAUUUAGGAAAGGUAAUAGGAAUAGUAAUAGGUAGCCAUCAUAAGUCAGAUUAUUUCUUUUGUCAUCUAUGACAAUUUUCCUAGGUUUGAAAUAUCGUGUUUGUGAUAUUGUGGAUUUAUU